AUGACCCUUCGGUGUGAUCAGUGUUUUGAGAUUGACUGCAUCAUGUACACAUCUCAGGACCAAGUAGUUACUAAAGAUACUUUUGCUAGCAUCCGUAUUUCGCCGGCCCCGGCCGGCCCGACCCCGGAGAGCCCGCCGCCCCCGGCCGGCCCGGAGCGGGAGCGGCUGUUCGGAUGGGGCGCGAACAGCUACGGACAGCUCGGACUUGGCCAUAAAGAGGAUGCGCUUUUACCUCAACAGCUGAGGGAUUUCCGCCCGUCUCGGCGCCUCGAAAGCGUCGCAGGAGGAGGAGGACACUCCGCCGUGGUGACUGCUUCCGGGGAGCUCUUUGUGUGCGGUCUGAAUAAAGACGGGCAGCUGGGCCUCGGUCACCUCGGGGAGGUGCUGACCUUUACGCCCUGCCCCUCCCUCUUCGGCCGGCGCGUCGCCCAGGUGGCCUGCGGCUGGGAUUUUACCGUGAUCCUCGCGGGAAACGGCCAGGUUCUGACUUGCGGAUCCAACUCUUUCGGUCAGCUAGGGGCACCUCGAAGACCGGCAAGCUGUAUCGUCCCGCAGGUCGUCGAGACCUUGAAGGAGAAGGUGGUGCAUGUUGCAGCCGGACUGAGGCACGCGUUGGCCGCCACAGACAGGGGCCUGGUUUUCCAGUGGGGUACCGGCAUGGUAUCGCGGGCCAAGCGGGCUUCUCCCGGGACAUCCGUUCCUCCGUUUUUGACAGCCGAAGAGCCCUGCAGAGUGACAGGCCUAGACAGUAUAAAAGUUACCAGAGUUACCGCCGGCUCAUAUCAUUCCGUGGCCCUUACGGAUAAAGGAAAGUUAUACGUAUGGGGUAAAAACAAGCACGGACAGUUAGUGAACAAAGACGACUUCCUCCCUUCGCCCCGGAAGAUAGAAGAGCAUCAUUUCUUGAGUGAAAACGUCGUCGGGGUGUGGAGCGGAUGGACACAUGUCGUAGCCCAAACAGAAACUGGCAAGGUUUUUACCUGGGGCAGAGCAGAUUAUGGACAACUCGGGAGGAAUCGGAAGGUUCAAGAGGAAUGGAAGAAAGAGGAGCCCGAUCGAUCCCCACCUUCCAAGGACGUCUCCAAGAUGGAGCCCAUUCCCGUUCCUGGCUUAACUGGAGCAUCGGAGAUUGCAUGUGGAUCUGAGCAUAACCUGGCAGUGACUGGUGGCCAGUGUUUCUCGUGGGGCUGGAACGAACACGGCAUGUGCGGAGAUGGAAGCGAGGAGGGCGUCUGGGCCCCUCGGCCCGUGGGGGCUCUGGGGCCCGCAGAGCCGAUCCGCGUGGGAUGUGGGGCGGGACACUCUCUGGCCCUCUGCCGGCUUUCAGGUGGGACCACCGGGUUGGAGCGUGAGCCUCACUAAAGCCCUCCCGGAAUUCCCGAUCCCGGGCGACUCGUCCUAAAACCGAACCCCGACCUCUCCCCAGGCCGUGGAUCUGAGGCGAAAUAGGCUGCUUAAUAAAGAUGGUUGGUCUCGC